ACCACUUCUACCUACAUUUAUCUACCAGCUGGCGAGAACACGCUUUGUCCGUCGCACAUUUGCAUUUGCCACCUCAGACAGACAUGCUGGUCUCUCUGCUCACAACACCGUUCGCGCUCGCCGCGGCGGGCCUCCUUGGUUUUAUUGGCUAUCUGUGUACGAUCCCGUCGAAGAACCUUGUCAAGGUGCCGUCUAACUACGUCAUUGUCGACGAUUCCGAAGUCAAGCCGGGACAUGGCGCCGUGCACCGCGUGGGCACGACGCCCAAGCCGUCGUCCCCUUCCAUGCUGGACUCGCUGAAAGCCACCGUCGAGAAGCACGGCAACAACGCGUUCCUCGGCCGUCGUCCAUUCGACAAGGAUGGCAACGCACUCGACUACGUGUGGGAAACGUACGCGCAAGUGUACUCGCGCAUCCAAAACUUUGCCGCGGGCCUUGUCCACGAAAAGAUGUUUGAAGUCACGAGCGAUGGUGAGAAGCCCCUGUGUCUGUACAUGAAGAACCGCCCGGAGUGGGUCAUCGGCCAGUACACGGCCAUGUACCUCGGUGGGUUUGCCGUCGCGCUCUACGACACCCUCGGCGCCGACUCGACGCAGUUCAUCCUCAAGCAGACCCAGUCCUCCACCGUGGUGUGCACCACCGCCGAACUCGCGGGCGUGUACGCCGCCAAGGCCACCACAUCCACGCUCAAGUUUGUCGUUGUCGUGGACAUCGACACGAUUUCGCCUUCGCAGGCGGACGCCGCUGCUGCCGCGGGCGUCAAGCUUGUCACGCUAACCCAAAUCGAAGCCAUUGGGGCCGCCCAUCCCGUCGCCUCUGCGACGCUUGCUCCCAAUGACAUUUACUGUCUCAUCUACACGAGCGGGACGACGGGCGACCCCAAGGGCGUGCCCAUCACGCACUUGAACGUAAUGAGUGCGGACGAAGGCAUGCGCGAGCGCAUCUGCGUCGGCAACGCCAUGAAGACCUUCACCCACACGGGCGUGCACAUGUCGUACCUGCCGCUGGCCCACUGCAUCGAGCACAUCAUCCACACGAUCAUUAUCAUCGAAGGCGGCCGCAUCGGGUUUUACCAGGGCAACACACUCAAGUUGACAGAGGACCUGGCGGUGCUGCGCCCGACGCUGUUUGUGACCGUGCCCCGCCUUCUCAACAAGAUCUACGACAAGGUCGUCAACGGCGCGCAAGCCGCGGGUGGACUCAAGACGUGGCUGUUCAACCUGGCGCUUGACACCAAGCUGACCAACUUGAAGAAGUACGGACGAACGCGCCACGCUGUGUUCGACAAGCUCAUCUUUUCCAAGAUUCAAACCAAAGUGGGCUUGGACAGGUGCGAGCUCAUCGUGACUGGGUCGGCGCCGCUCGCUGACGACGUGAUGAACUUUUUCCGCAUUUUGUUCGACUUUCCCGUGCACGAAGGCUACGGCCAGUCGGAAACUGUGACCGCCGGCACCAUGACGCACUCGCUGGACGUGACCUGCGGUACCAUCGGGGUGCCCAUCACUCCCAUGGAGAUCAAACUGGUAUCCAUUCCAGACAUGGGGUACAACGUGACAGAUACGACACACGGCGAAGACGACGCGACGCGGAUGGCUGUGAACGGUCGCGGUGAAAUCUGUUUCCGCGGGCCGCCCGUGUUUUCGGGGUAUUACAAGGACCCCGCGCGUACGGCGGAAGCGUUCGAUGCCGAUGGAUGGCUCCACUCGGGGGACAUUGGCGUGUGGACGUUGGACGGUCGGCUCAAGAUUGUAGACCGCAAGAAAAACAUCUUCAAGCUGAGCCAGGGCGAGUACGUCGCGCCCGAGAAGAUUGAAAACAUCCUCAUCACGAGCCCAUACGUGGCGCAGCCGUUCGUGUACGGCGACAGUCUGCAUAGUGUCGUGGUGGCUAUCGUCGUGCCGGACGAGGCCGAGCUGGCAAAGCUCGCGGCGUCUCUCGGGGUGGCUUCUACUUCGUUCGAGUCGUUGUGCGCGAAUCCAGAGGUGGUAGCUGAGGUGCUCAAGUCGCUGGCUGUGUUGAGCAAGAAGGGCAAGUUGUACGGGUUUGAAACGAUCAAAGCGCUCAAGUUGGUACCCGAACCGUUUUCGGUCGAGAACGACCUGAUGACCCCCACGUUCAAACUCAAGCGCAACGAAGCCAAGAAGAAAUUCCUCCAUGACAUUGACGCGCUGUACGCCAAGUGCGGCGAUCUCGUCGCGGGCCACAAUGUGCACCAGCAUUAGCGCGCUACGAAAUGACGGAACAUGGAACGUUGUUGGGAUUCGUAGUGGUUUACAGUUAGGCUCGAGAGAAGACGCUAUUACAGUUCGAUGAUAGAUACGCUGAGGACGACUAUUAAUACUAGUAGUUGAGUUUACUACA